GCUUGAAUCGAACAGAGCAUUCUCUCUUACACUGGAACGGUUUCGAUAUCGUUUCGUUAGCGAUUUCAUUGAAUUAAUCCGUGUGACCUCGCUGGAAAUAUAGCACUGAUACUGAGCAAUGAAUGGUGUUUAUAUUUACUCGUCAGCGUAGAGUUGGCAUUCUUCGGUCUAGACGCUGGUAUGGAUAGAGGGAUUCCGUUUUAGCUUACAUAUUGCACAAUUUAUAAAUACACAGCUUUUAUUUUUAAUCUGGAUCGUACAAACGGUGAGGAUGUAAAGUGGUUUCAAACGUUGUGUUGCGUCAGUAUCUAGGAGAAACGAGGAAUGUAAAAUCUUAACGCUCCAAGAUGACGUAACCCGAGCCAGAAAGCCGUGAUCAUCACGCCGGUACAUGUGUACGCAUCACUCGGACUUCCUGCUGGCAACAAAGUUUGAAUAAUCUUGACUUCCGAGCCUGUGUAGACGAAUGACACGGCCUGUGUCGGAGCAUCCAUAUACACUAGACGACUAGUAGGAUAUCAGACGAUAUGGUCAACGAAUCAUCGCUUCAACGAGACCCAUAGCGACGAUGACAGCACAACUAUUAACUACUAAAGGAAAACAAGGAUUCGAUUUUAGUUCACGUCGCUGUGUGUACUGAGAAGGAAGAUUGUGUUUAUUAUUGUGUGUUACGGUCAAUUUCCCUAUUUAUGGGUGAAAAGUGGUUAGUCAUUAUUCCUUUACAAAAUCACGUAUGGAAAAAAAAUGAAUGAAUGACAUUGAGAUUUAUUUUGCGGUUUGGCCGCUGUAGUAGCUCUAUCAGCCAUUGGAUGUCUAAACAUACUUGAAGAGGAGGCUUCAGUGUUCGUAGUUCAUUUGUGUGUCCUCGCCAUUCAUUAAUUUACAGGAGUAUUUAUCUGUUGAAAUAAGCUGGUGUUUUGUGAGAACAACCAGUGAAAUGUAGGGAGUACAAGUGUUUAUCAGGACCCUUUUAUAUUCUACAUGGAUUCACCGUGGAUUAUAUUUCUGUUGUUGCGACAAAUAUGAGCGAUUCCACGUGGAGACUACUGUCCACAGUGGUUCUCAUACUAUUCGUCCUUCUGAUCACAGUGUCCGCGUAUUCUUCAAAGCGCCGGGUCCUUGUCCCAAACUUUUUACCCACAAAAACGAAUGUUACCGUCCAUAUGGGAGAAUUAGCCGUUCUUCAGUGCAAGAUCCGGAAUCUCGGCCCCAAACAGGUUUCCUGGCGAAAAGUAUCCCUGGAUUACCCAUUAACAGUCGGCACAUUAUUGUUCGACAAUCAAGAAGACCUUAGUGUGGACCACAAGAAGCUGAGAGGGAUGGUUACUCAGUAUAACCUCAUCAUCAAAAGGGCGCAGCCUCGACACUCGGGCAAAUAUGAAUGCCAGAUCAGCGCCACCAACAUUCAUACUCAUCAUGUAUACCUUACUGUGUUAGAUUCACCUUUGCACAUUGAACCAGCAAUAAAUAUCCGAGGAACGGAAUAUGUUAGUCGUUAUGAAGAAAUAAGGUUAGAUUGCAACGCAACAGGUGCUGUGCGAGCACCGGACGAUAUUGAUUGGUUCCAUAAUGGUCACAUGAUAGUAAAAGACGAUCUAAGAUGGCGGGGCCGAAUUAGAAUUCACAAAUAUAAACCGGAAGUGCCUGGGAGAUCCCUUAUCAGCAGUUUAGUUAUUGAGUAUAGCCUACUGAGCGACGGUGGGCGAUAUGUUUGUCGGAGCUCUGAUCUGGAGACCGUCAGCAUGGACGUAAAUGUUCUUAACAGUGAAGAAAUGAAGUUAGUGCGCGAUGCAGGAAAAAAUCGGAGAGAUCCGAACAGAAAAGCACCGGAAAAAGACGUGAAUAAAAGAGAAAAGGACACAGUUUCGAGAAGCACUAGUAAAAUGGAUCGGCCAAACGGGACAUCAUCAGGUUCGAGAACUUUCUCAAGUACAUCGAUAUUGAUUAUUCUAUUAACAGUUUGUUCCCUUGUGACGAGGUGACAGACAUAUUGAGUGUGUUCGUUACAUAAUGUUGAUACAUAUUUAGAACUACGUCACAAAACUGUACUACAAAAUACCUCAUAAGGUACAAUUACGGCAGAGCAACAUAUCCUCGUAUGAUGCACUGCAGAAGACGCGUCCGAUGUUUAUUCAAAAUGUGAAUUUGAACUGCAUCCGUCUCAGGCAUCAUGCCACUGAAGGACGCCCUCAGCCAUCCGGAACCCCUCCGAUGUCUAUCAACAGGUUCGAGGAGAUCCGAAGGACUGGCGCAAUUGGAUCGGUGAUAUAUCUUGGUUGUGUUUGACUAAGCAGUGCUGUUGCGGAAUUAUUAAUAGUGUUUACGCGUCAUAUAUCUGUCAUCACCGUGUGUAUGCGCUGAGAGAUUAGACUGCUACUUAUGACGUUUAAGGGAUACAUCAGGCUAAACAAAGCGGUUGUCACUUAAAGUGCUAAGCUAAACAAGAAUCCGCUGAACAAAAUGUUGUGUCUAUCAUAAACUCAAGGAACUGAAAUGUUCUAAUGAAUUAUGUAGGCUUAAGGAAACAUGCAACGAUGCCACAAUUUUAUUUCAUUUUAUUGUUUAUAUGACUACGGGAAUAAAUUCAUCAAAUUCGACGAUGAUUUAACCGCUCAUCAAAACAUCCAUCGUUUCAUAUUCAUUUCAACGUUCGAGUUUUUGUCAUGAUUUUCAUCUUGUGAAUAUUGAAAAUGAAGUAAAAUGAGUAUUUUAUAUGUAAAAACAGAACUUGUUGAAAGUGAAUGCUAUCAAAGAGUAACCUGUGAUAUGCCCUCAGAAGACUGGUAGGUCAUACAUUUCGUCUGCAAAUUAUAAAAACACAACAAACAAUGUAUUAUGACGAAACGAUGACGUGUGAAAGUUGUACAAGUUUACGUUGGGUUAUUGGUUACGCUCCAUAGAUAGCAAGAGCGAUGUCAAGUCUUGGAAUGACAUCAAUUUAGGACAGCAGACCUCAGUAUAUGUAGAAAGAGUGUUUUCGACUGCAAAACACACUAUUAUGCAACCACAUACAAAGCAUGUACAUAGCUACAAUGCUGUCGGAGAGAUAUUUUGUACAUAUUUAUGUUACCAUAGUUAUAAUAGAUAUUUCUCUGAUUCGGAUGUCAUACGCGACCCGUUACCACACCCACACAUUACAAACAUAAUCCUGAACUGAUUAUCGCAUAGGUCCUGUGGUAAGCAUCGUGCCUGUCGGCGAUAGGUAGUGUGUCAUCAGUAUCUGUAUUGGAGUAAGUCUAUAACACAUAUCGUGUAAAUAUUCAAAAUCAGAGAGGUCUGAUUUGGUACUUUGACAGGAAGUGGAGAGUGUACACUUGAGUUACAGUUACUUUCAAAGCUAUAUAUAUAUACAUAUAUAUUAUAUAUUUUAUGUUUGAUUGUUUAAGCAUACGCAUAAGAAGAACGAGGAAGAUUUACGCCCUUAGGACAUGUGAUUUGAACACUACUUGUAUAUCGUGUGUCAGCAGCUGUCACUACAGAACACGUGGUGUUAAUUAUGUACUAUUGAUACAAAAGAGUUCUGUUAUGCCUAUCCAACAACUUAACAUUUGAUGAGCAUAUAAUAUAUAGCAUAACAAUGACCUGGCAACACGCCUCGAAAGAUAACGGAGUCGGUGCUCCUAGAAGGAUAUAAUACACAGUGUACAAUACUACAACUGUACAAUCGUAGUAGUAAUAUAUCAACAACCAAACAAUUGACGUUUGUCCUGUUUGAACGGCAAAACGCGUUGAAGUAUGCAAAAAAUGAAAAUUGUAGAAAUGAAAUUAAAAAGCAAAAACCUAAUUUCAAUACAAAUCAAACUAUAAAACUGUUAACAUAUGAUCGUGUCAUCAUAACACUUUGACAGAAGACUAAACCCAGUGUGAGUUAUUUAAGGAUUAACUUGAAUAUUUGUUUCAUGUUAUGGAGAUACAUAUAUAACACACAAAAAACGGAGUGUGCUCUAAAUAAACCGCGAAGCGGUUAAUGAUGAGAGUACACUCCGUUUUUUUGUGUAAUAGUUCCGUAACAAGAAAAUUAUAUUCAAGUUAAUCUUUAUAAUUUAAUCUACUAUACACAAUCCCUGUAGAAAUCCACUUUUAUAGAUGGAC